UUCUUUAUUCUUUUUUAUACUUUAAGGCUUUAAGUUAAAUAAACUAAUAGCCUUCAAAGCUGUAAAUAGAGGUAAUCCUUUAAGCCUUAGUAAAUUUUUACUCCUUCAAAAUUGCAGUUUGAUAUCAUUAUUGACUAUAAGACUGUUUGAUUAAGAAGAAAAACUCUUAUAAAUAAAUUUACAAUCUAUCGCCUAAAUUUCAGCCACUUAAUCGUGACAAUGAUUAUUUUCUACAAAUCAUAAAGAUAUUGGAACAUUAUAUUUUAUUUUUGGAGCAUGAGCCGGUAUAGUAGCAACAUCUCUAAGAAUUUUAAUUCGAGCUGAAUUAGGACAUCCAGGAGCUUUAAUUGGAGAUGAUCAAAUUUAUAACGUAAUUGUUACAGCUCAUGCAUUUAUUAUGAUUUUUUUUAUAGUAAUACCUAUUAUAAUUGGAAAUUGAUAAGUUCCUUUAAUACUAGGAGCUCCUGAAAUAGCUUUUCCACGAAUAAAAAAUAUAAGAGAGUGACUACUACCUCCUGCUCUUUCUCUUUUAUUAGUAAGAAGAAUAGUUGAAAAUGGAGCUGGUACUGGGUGAACAGUUUACCCUCCCCUAUCAUCAGGAAUUGCACAUGGAGGUGCAUCUGUUGAUUUAGCAAUUUGUUCUCUUCAUUUAGCCGGAAUUUCUUCUAUUUUAGGGGCAGUACAUUUUAUUACAACUGUAAUUCAUAUACGAUAUUCAGGAAUUACUCUUGAUCGUAUACCAUUAUUUAUGUGAUCAGUUGUAAUUACAGCUUUAUUAUUAUUAUCUUUACCAGUUUUAGCAGGGGCAAUUACUAUACUAUUAACUGAUCGGAAUUUAAAUACUUAUUUUUUUGACCCUGCUGGAGGUGGAGAUCCAAUUUUAUACCAACACUUAUUUUGAUUUUUUGGCCACCCAGAAGUUUAUAUUUUAAUUUUACCUGGAUUCGGAAUAAUUUCUCAUAUUAUUAGUCAAGAAUCGGGAAAAAAGGAAACUUUUGCAUCUUUAGGAAUAAUUUAUGCUAUAUUAGCUAUUGGAUUAUUAGGAUUUAUUGUUUGAGCUCAUCAUAUAUUCACGGUAGGUAUAGAUGUUGAUACACGAGCUUAUUUUACAUCUGCGACUAUAAUUAUUGCUGUGCCGACAGGAAUUAAAAUUUUUAGGUGAUUAGCAACUCUUCAUGGAGCUCAACUUUCUUAUUCUCCAGCUAUUUUAUGAGCAUUAGGAUUUGUAUUUUUAUUUACAGUUGGUGGAUUAACAGGAGUAGUUUUAGCUAAUUCAUCUGUAGAUAUUAUUUUACAUGAUACAUAUUAUGUAGUAGCUCACUUUCACUAUGUUUUAUCAAUGGGAGCCGUAUUUGCAAUUAUAGCAGGAUUUAUUCAUUGAUUCCCGUUAUUUACUGGUUUAACAAUAAAUAAUAAAUUAUUAAAAAGUCAAUUUGUUAUUAUAUUUAUUGGGGUAAAUUUAACUUUCUUCCCUCAUCAUUUUUUAGGGUUAGCAGGAAUGCCCAGACGAUAUUCAGAUUAUCCAGAUGCUUAUACAACUUGAAAUGUAGUAUCUACAAUUGGUUCUUCAAUUUCACUUUUAGGAAUUUUAUUCCUUUUUUAUAUUAUUUGAGAAAGUUUAGUAUCACAACGACAAGUAAUUUACCCAAUUCAAUUAUGUUCAUCUAUUGAAUGAUACCAAAAUACUCCACCCGCUGAACAUAGCUAUUCUGAAUUACCUCUUUUAACUAAUUAAUU